GGCGGUACUGGCAAGGGCGGUGGCCCGCGCGGGGCAGACGGGCUGGCAGGUGGACAGCGGUCAGGGACGCCUCCGCGGCCCCUUUACAACUCGUUCCCCUCCCUUCCACCUUCACAGGGCGGCGGCUGGCGGCGCGAUGGACCUAGCCGGACUCCUGCUGGACGAAGAAGGCACCUUCUCCCUCACCGGUUUCCAGGACUUCUCGUUCCUCCCGGGACACCAGAGGCUGAGUGCCCGGAUCCGAAGAAGACUCUACUAUGGUUGGGACUGGGAAGCUGACUGUAGCCUGGAGGAGCUCUCCAGCCCCAUGGCAGACAUUGCUGUGGAACUGCUCCAGAAGGCAGCCCCCAGCCCUAUUCGCCGACUCCAGAAGAAAUAUGUAGCCCAUGUGUCCCGGGAGGCAUGCAUCUCCCCAUGUGCUAUGAUGCUAGCUCUGGUGUACAUUGAGCGCCUCCGGCACCGAAAUCCGGACUACCUACAGCAUGUGUCCUCCUCUGACUUGUUCUUGAUCUCCAUGAUGGUGGCCAGUAAGUACCUCUAUGAUGAAGGGGAGGAAGAGGAAGUCUUCAAUGAUGAAUGGGGAGCUGCAGGGGGUGUGGCCAUGCCGACUCUCAAUGCCCUGGAGAGGGGCUUUUUGAGUGCCAUGGAUUGGCGUCUCUACACUGACCCUCGGGAGAUCUUUGAGGUGCUGAGCUGGCUAGAGAGCAGUGUGGCCGAACAGCAAGGACGGCGACGGGGCUGGUAUACCUACACAGACCUGUGUGUGCUGCUGGAGCAGCCGGCUUGGCAGCUGGCCCUGGGUUCCCUCUGUCAGCAGCUGGCAAAGCUGUCCUGCUUGGUAGCUAUGGCAUAUGUGAGCAGUGUGGCCCUGGCUAUGGCGUCUGUAGCUGUAAUACACCAGUCUUUAGGGCUGUCCUGCAGCCCACCACCUGGGCCCCCGGAUCUUGGAUUGGCCUCCAGGUGCCUCUUGGAACCCUGCAUACCUUCUCCUGUGCCACAGUGCCUGUCACCUUCUGCUAAUGUCUCCACCUGCCUAGAAGGCGACGUCGGGCUGCGUUCACUCUGGGGCAGUCUUCUGGCCUCAUUGACUCCCCCACCAUUGCCUCCCCCAGAUCCUCCUGCCCCUCCCACUCUUCUCCAUAACUGUCCCCUUUGUCAGAAGCUCCAGAAAGACUCCCCAACCUGCCAUGCCUGCCACCACCCCAAUCAUACUGUCCGCACUGGGCCUUCCAGCCCCUGGUACCACUCCCAUGGCCUGGCUCCACCAUGGUCCUGGAGCCCAAUGCCUCCUCUUCUCCCACAGCCCCAGCAAUGUUCACUUUUCAGAAUCAUGGAGCUGGCCCGCCUCAAGUCUUUCAUUUUCCCAGGCUAGGUAGGGCUCCGAGAAAUGUGUUAAGAGGACUUGGAAGUCCCUGAGAACCUGGAGGUGCAGUGCUUGUUUAGAUCCUCCCUACCUCUCUGAGUCCUUGCCUGGUCCCCUCUUCCGGAUGAGGAAUUACGGGGCUGAAGGACUGAAGGUCACUUGCUCUCCUAGACCUCAGGGGCUGGCUUCUUGGCCAGGGCAGUGAUGGUACCAGGGAAAGCUUCAACUCAGUGAUCAGGGGCCUGUCACAGAUGGACAGUGGAGAAGCCCCUGUCUCUUAACCUUCCCUGGGUCCUUCUAGACUUUUGCUUUUGCGUUCCCUAGGAUGGAAGGGUAAAGAUGGGAGGGGGGAGAUGUCGGGGGAGGGAGGGAAGGAUGUUGACCAGGGUCUGUGUGAUGUCCCUGAAGCAGGGGAGCCAGGGAUUGAUAGGGCCGAGAUGGAAGCUACUGAGGGGAGGUGGGAUGAGGUAGGAAGCUCUCUCAACACCCAUCCCUUGGGUGUAGUUCAAGGGAGCCACGAACUGCUGGGACGUCCUACUUUGCCGUUUUGUCUUCCAGCCUUCUCUUAGUACCCUGCUCCUGGGCUUCCUUCUCUUCCGGUUCCUCUCUUGGGUGUUCUCUUCAUAGGCCUCUCUGGCCACCGCUUUGUAUCUGGGUUUUUCAUGCUUUUGUAGAACUGAGGUUUCAAUAAACAGUUUCAGUUGCA